AUGGAGAAAGUGAUCAUUAAAACUAGCGCUGAAAAAGGACGUGGCUUGUACGCUACCGAGCUAAUCCCGGAAGGGACUACAAUAUUCGAAGAGCAGCCGCUGGUGUCCUGCCAAUAUUCAUGGAAUGCUGCCUAUGGAUAUUUAGCGUGCGAGAACUGUCUCCGCCCGUUGGAAACAGCCGAACGAAACGCUCAACGGUUGGCGAAUGAUCCGAAUAUUAUGCUACCACGGGCGGAAUAUUGCCUGGUGGAGGCGAAUCUCGCCAAUCACACGAAAUGUGUGCAAUGUGGUGUUUUAUACUGCAACAAUGAAUGUCUAAGCAUGGCACAAAAUCGAUACCAUUCGGCAAUUUGCUUGGGCGCGGAGGUUCACAACGAAACCCAUCCGGUGAACGUGUUGGUGGAGUUUUGGAAAAAGAUGCACUACCCACCGGAAACUUGUGGCAUUAUGUUGUUCGUAAAGAUUGUUGGUUUGUUUCGGCAGGCGUCAGAUCCGCAAGAGCUUCAAGCACAACUGCAAGAUUUCGUGCACAAAUCCGUGAACGAAGACCUGCUCAUAUUCCACAAAAUGCUCGGUGAAAAAUUUACUGCGCAGAUCGAAGAGUUGUAUAAGUUGUUCUGUAGUGCAUUCGAUGUGGAAUCAGACGAUCGGCUCCAAUGGCUAACGCCUGAGGGUUUCAAGAGUCUCAUUGCGCUGGUAGGAACAAAUGGGCAAGGUAUUGGCACGAGCGCAUUCGGUGAUUGGGUAAAGAACGUUGCGUCCUGCAACAUGGAGGAUAAGGAGCGUCAAGCUGUGGACGAGCUGAUCGAUGAUUUGUACAGCAAAAUGGAUGACGUCGUUGGUUCGUUCCUUAAUAAUGAAGGUUCAGCAUUGUACUCUACGCAAAGUAAAAUCAAUCACAGUUGCGCACCGAACGCCGAAACUGUGUUUCCCAACUCCAACCAUGUAUUAGCGCUUAGGACAACGAGAGACAUACAACCCGGAGAAGAAAUUUGCAUUUCCUAUCUAGACGAGUGUAACGUACAGAGGUCGCGCCAUACUCGGCAGAAGAUAUUAAAAGAAUAUUACCUUUUCGUCUGCCAGUGCGAGAAAUGUGAAAGCCAAAUCAACGACCCGGACGAAACAUCUGAGGACGAAGAAGACGAUGAUGAUAUGGAAGAGUCUGACUAA